AUGCAUUCACGCAGAUACGUCCAUGGAGAUAUCCACCUCCGCAAUAUCUUGGUCAAACUACCAUCCAGCUUCAACCAUCUCUCCGUCGAACAGUUUUACGAGGAAUAUGGAGAACCAGAGACUGUUCCGAUUACGCGUCGAGACGGAAAGCCACUCCCUCCGAAUGUUCCCCCCAAAGCAGUAAUCCCGCUGUACCUGGGAAUGGAUGCGGACGACUUCAAACUGCACGAUGCGCAUGUACUUCUCAGCGACUUUGGCGAGUCAUAUUCCCCGUCAUCGGAAACUCGCAGAGGAGAGGACUGCCACACACCACUUGCAGCACGGCCUCCAGAAGCCAGAUUCGAACCGCAGGCCCCUCUUUCAUACCCGGCUGAUAUCUGGAGUCUGGCAGUGGCGAUUUGGGAGAUAUUGGGCAUGAAGGCAUUAUUUAGUAAUGAAUACGUUACAGAUGGUGAAAUGGUUUCCCAGCAUGUUGACGUGCUAGGCCCGAUACCUACUAGCUGGUGGGAAGGCUGGGAGGAACGUGGGGAAUUCUUUGAUCAAGAUGGGCGUCCAACGGAAGGGCGCGAGGUAUGGCGCGAGCUUGAAGAGUCCUUCGAGUACGGUGUACAGCACUAUCGACACAAGCUUGAAAAGGGUGUAUUUGGAGAGGAAGAAACACGGGCUAUUCUCACUCUCAUCCGUCAGAUGCUGAAAUUUCAGCCGGUUCCGGCCAACAAUACAGCAGGUUCUGGAAUCUGA